GCUGGUGACGUCAUAAGAACGCGAUGUUGUGGACUUAAAAAAGUGGGAGAUUCGAAGCAGCAAAAACAGAGCGAUUUCAUGUUCUAGUGGAACAAACCUCACACCUGAGACAGCGAGAGAACACCUGAAGCACCUGAGCUGACGCCGCCAGUACCAGGAUGGCCACGCCGAGCAAGACGCCGCCUGGCGCCGACCCAAAGCAGCUGGAGAGGACGGGGACGGUCCGGGAGAUCGGCUCCCAGGCGGUGUGGUCCCUGUCCUCCUGUAAACCCGGUUUUGGAGUGGACCAGCUGAGAGACGACAACCUGGAGACCUACUGGCAGUCAGACGGGUCUCAGCCUCACCUGGUCAAUAUUCAGUUCAGGAGGAGGACGACGGUGAAGAUGUUGUGCAUUUAUGCUGACUACAAAUCAGACGAGAGCUACACUCCCAGUAAGAUAUCCGUCAGAGUCGGCAACAACUUCCACAACCUGCAGGAGAUCAGGCAGCUAGAGAUGGUGGAACCCAGCGGCUGGAUCCACAUCUCUCUGAUGAACCAGAGGACCAACCAGCCAAUCAGCACCUUCAUGAUCCAGAUCGCGGUUCUGGCCAAUCACCAGAACGGACGAGACACUCACAUGAGGCAGAUCAAAGUUUACACCCCGGUGGAGGAGAGCUCCAUCGGGAAGUUCCCACGAUGCACCACGGUGGACUUCAUGAUGUACCGCACCAUCAGGUGAUCAGAAGAAUCGACCAAUCGGAGCCCAGGAUGAAGCUGUGGCGUUCUAACUGAGCUGAACAUCCAACAGGAAACAGAAAUAGCUCCUAAAACAUGGACUUCCUGUUUCAGGAGCUCAGACCUGUGUGCCUCCAGACUGUUUCCUGCUGUGGAUUUGAAACCGAACUGCGAAUUAAACAGAGUUCAUGUAUGAAACGUUUGGAGUUUCUGCUUUCAAACGGCCCUUAAAUGCAUCAUCUGUGACCUGAGGUUCAAUCUGGGAAAUUAAAUCUGAGCUGAAAGUCA